UCUUGGUACACAUUUUAUGCUUUUCGGUUGAGAUUUUAUCUCUUUCUUGGGAUGAUGUUGAGUUUCGUAGUGAAUUGUUUAGUUCUGUAAUGUUGGGAGUUGGAUGAGAUGGUAUGUCGGACUCGAGAUCAUGCCAGGCGUCUGCCUUUUGUUGGUCUUUGAAUCCAGUGAAAGAGGGAUAAAUUGUGAGUCAAUCGCAAAGGACAACUGUUGUUUAAAUGCGCCAGAUUGUUGCGAGGGUGUUACGCCGUCAGGUCAGCUUCCAUUCAGCUUCGGCCCAGCUCAGUUAGUUCAACUUAUAGUCAGUCAACUUUAAAGUCGUGUGAGAUUUUGACAAGCAGACAAAAACUUGGGACACACGAAUAGUUAUGUGUUAUCUAAAGAAAAAUAGAAGCAACUGAGCCUCAACAGCUAAAA